CAAAAAUCAUCGCCCCUCGAAGCACAAGUUUGUCACUCGCGAAGCCAUUGUCUGAUUUAGCAAAAAUGUCUCCAACCGACGUCUUCAGCCCAGGCUCUACCGCAUUGAUCACGGGUGCCGGCUCAGGCAUCGGUCUAGCCAUCGCCAAAACAUGUCGCAGCAAGGGCAUGCGUACAUUGCUCGUCGAUUACAACGAGGAAGCUCUGGAGGCUUUGACUAAGACGCACUUCACGAACGAUUCUGACGUAGUAACCUCCAAGGUUGAUGUUUCAUCGAUCUCGGAUUGGCAGGCGCUGAAGAAGCUCGCCCUGGAGAAGUUUGGUAGCAUUGAGUUUCUGGUCUUGAACGCCGGCCGAGGUCUGAGGGGCACUUGGGGAGACGAUGACUACUUCAGAGAUACCCUCGAAACCAAUCUUUUCGGUGUUAUUCAUGGCAUAAACACGUUUCUCCCCGUGAUCCAAGACGCCUCCAAGUCAAAACCAACGAGCAUCGUCAUCACUGGCAGCAAGCAGGGUAUCACCAACCCACCUGGCAAUCCAGCAUACAACGCCUCCAAAGCUGCAGUCAAGACUCUUGCUGAGCAUCUGAGCUGGGACCUGAAAGACACGAGCACCAGCGUGCAUCUGCUCGUGCCCGGAUGGACUUACACUGCACUAACUAGAGCAACACCGGGCGGCGUGAAGCCAGCUGGAGCUUGGACUGCAGAACAGGUUGCAGAUUAUCUCUAUGAGAAGAUGGGCAAGAAUGAAUUCUACAUCAUCUGUCCUGAUAAUGAUGUUACAGAGGAGCAGGACAAGAAACGUAUGACCUGGGCUGCAGGUGAUGUCGUUCAGAGACGGCCGCCUCUGUCUCGAUGGCGCGAGGAAUGGAAGCAGGAAGCUGAAGAAACCAUGGCUAAGAUGGAUCUCUAAAUUCACGGGACUUGAAGUGGCGGGUAAUUGGCACAGAUAUAGUACCCCAAGUCAUCACUGAAGACAACACGAGCUGUUCAGUGCCUAGUCCGAAUCAAU